UCUCUCUCUCUCUCUCUCUCAAUUCUCCUCCUCCUUUCUUCUUGUUCUCGUUCUCAUUCUGUCUGUCUACUUGUCGUAGAUCAAUUCAAAUACCCAUAAAAAGCUCAUUUUUUUCCUUUCAUUUUAAAUUUUUCAUCUUUUAGUAUAUGAUCAUAUAGAGUCAUCUAAAGCCCAAUCCUCUCUACCCAGCAAUUCAUAUUCUCCAUCUAAGUCUCUGUUUCCUUUGUCCUUUUUCCACAUUUUCACUCAGUCUUGGGUCUUUUGGCUUUGUGGGGUUUGCAAAGAUGAGUGGUGGUGGGUUUAGGGUUUCAAUCCCAAACAGUGUGAGGAAGACGAUCCAGGACAUCAAGGAGAUCACGGGCAAUCAUAGUGAGGAGGAAAUCUAUGCAAUGCUCAAGGAAUGUAAUAUGGAUCCCAACGAGACGGCUCAGAAGCUUCUCUUCCAGGAUCCAUUUCAUGAGGUUAAAAGGAAACGUGACAAGAGAAAAGAGAAUCUGAACAACAGAGAGUCUGCAGAGUCGCGGUGGAGACCUGGAAUGCAGGGACGAGGGGGUAGGGGCGGGCGGGUGAAUUUCUCACCUCGUUCUGAUGCUGGUGGUGGUAGAAGUACUGCUCCUGGAACUGAGAAUGGACCCAGUCAGGUUGCAGAGAAAGGUGGUGCUUCCUCUUUGCCAACCUCUCGUGAGACAAAAAAUAAAGAGCGAAGUCUGGUAACAAGCUCUGUACCGGUCAUUGUGGAUGGUCCUACCAAUGUGGUUUCUGGAAGUACUAGUGUUGUGCAUCCCUCCCAUGUAUCUGCUGGAAGUGGUCCUGAUAUAAGUUUGUCAUUGGUUGGGGAUAAUUUGGGAAGUUCGGUCCCCCCAGUGGAUGCAAACAAGAACACCACUGUUAAAUUUGGAAAUGAGGACUUGCAUGAGCAGCCUGCACCAAGCUCCAGUAGUAGCUUGGUGUUGCCACCCCCAGCAUCUACAUUGGCAGUUUGUUUCUCUUCUUCAGAUCCUGUACUUGUGCCAUCUAAUGAUUCACGGCUCCCAAGUUCUGUGGGCACAAUUAAACGUGAAGUAGGGAGUCAUCAUCCUUCUGCUUCUGAGAUUGGUAGCUCUCAAGCACAAGGAAAAGUGGCAAGCAAAACACAGGGAGUUGGGAAAAGUCAGCUUGCUGAUCUUUCACACCCUUCAUCUACAUCAACUCAUGGCAGUUCGGGUAGUCGGCCAUCAUCUAAUUACAGUAGCCGGUCUCAACAAUCAGUUGGCACUCAAAAAGCAGUCGGUACCAACAAGGAGUGGAAACCAAAACCUGUAAAUUCUACUGUUGUUCAAGGUCAAGGAACAGCUGGUACUGCUGUCGCAUCUGAGGUUCCUGCUGAUUCUGUAAAGGCCCCUUCCCAGUCACAAUCUGUUUCAAGCGUCCUUGAUUCAGAAGAAGCAACUUCAAAAUUGCAGAGGAAGCUAGAAGAGUUGCACCUUCCCCAGCGCAAAACAGUUAUUCUUCCAAAUCACAUCCAUGUUCCUGAAUCUGAAAGAACCAAGUUGAGUUUUGGAAGUUUUGGUGCUACCUUUGCCGUGACUACUGGCUAUGUCAGUGGUCCUGAGACUGAUAAGAGCUCAACACCUCGGUCUGAAACUUCUCAGGUUAUUGAAGAAGCUGUGGAGGAACAGUUAUCAAGCAAUCAAAAUGCAUUGGCAACUGCCAAUGAGGAUGAUUAUCCUGAUCAUCCACAAUCACCUACUCACGUACCUGAAAAUAUAUCAUCUGGUGAGGUUGACGUCUCAUCCAGUGCAACCCAAGGACAGAAUGAAUCCAAGCAUGACACUGCAUUGCCGUCUGGAGGCCAUCAGUUCUCUGUGGCUCAUACUUCCCCAAACUACAGUUUUGGGUUUGUGCCCCCAAUUUUGGGGAGUCAGCUUGCGCCAUUUGAAAACUCCGAGUCUCAACCACGAGAUAUUUCGCGCCUUCCAAGCUUUGUGGUACAACCACCCUUUGACCCAGCAAGUUAUUAUGCCCAAUUUUACCGCUCAGGUGCUGAUGGUGACGGCCGCCUUUCUCCUUUUCCUUCUCCUGGGGUUUCCUCCAAGUACAAUGGGAAUGUUGCAGUAUUGCCUCCAAGUUCUCAGUCUCCACAAGAGGGUGGGGUUCUAUCUGCAGCUGGCCCAACACCAUUGGUGACACAGGCUUCUGGGCUUGUGCAAAGCUCGAUAGGUGUAACUCAGCAGCAAGUUCCUGUCUUUCGACCGCCAGCCGGGAUGCACAUAUCUCAUUAUGCUCCUAAUUACAUUCCCUACAGUCACUAUUUUUCCCCAUUCUAUGUUCCACCUCCAGCCAUCCACCAGUUUUUGGGCAAUGGUGCAUUUCCUCAGCAACCUCAAGCUGGUGGUGUCUAUCCAGCUCCUCCAGCAGCUGCCACAGGAGUCAAAUACUCACUGCCACAAUACAAAACGGGGACUAAUACAGGGAACUCUGCUCAUAUUGGAAUGGCAAGUGGUUAUGGACCAUAUGGCUCCUCCCCAGCUGGUUAUAAUCCCAGUUCUGCCACAACAGCGGGAAACUCUACUGCUAAUGAGGAUCUGAGCACAUCUCAGUUCAAGGAAAGUAACGUAUACAUGACGGGCCAGCAGAGUGAAGGAUCUUCUGUGUGGGUUGCUGCACCUGGCCGAGAAAUGUCCAGCUUAACAAGUUCUUUUUACAACCUUCCCCAACAGGGUCAGCAUGUGACUUUCACCCCAACACAGGCUGGCCACGGCACUUUUGCUGGUAUCUACCACCCUGCACAAGCAGUAACAGCAGCCACUGUUCAUCCACUUCUGCAACAGUCCCAGACCAUGGCUGGGGCUGUUGACAUGGUGGGACCUGGGGGCAGUGUUUAUCAGCAGCCUCAGCAUGCACAGAUCAACUGGCCGAGUAACUACUGAAACAAAAAUUUGAGUUUUUGUAAACUUCAAAACAAGAAUUGCAAGUCCAAUCUUGGGAAUUCUUUUGGACAACUCCAACUAGUUUGGAUAGAGGAAGACAUCAAGAAGAUACAAAGUUGGCUUAGAUUUGAGUGUAAAUCUGUUAAAGGAGGCUGGAAAAAAAAAUUGCCAAUAGCAUCUUCUGAUUGUUUGGGUUGAGGACAUAAAAGGUGCAAUCCACCUGUAACUGAUAUUGACCGUUUUAGUUAGUCAAGGUAGGCAUGGCAGAUCUUCUCUUUCUUUCUGCUGCUUUAUGGUGUUGCCAUUUUUCCCAUUUCAUAGUUUGAAGUCCUCUCUCGUCUCUUCCCCUUCCUGUCUCUCUGUUUUUUCUACUUAUCUUUUUUGAAGUUUUCGAACUUAGAAUUUACUUUCGAGUGGUGAGAAUCUCUUUCAUUCUUUCUCUUCUAUAUCUGAGGUUUUAUAGGUUUUGGAAGGUAAGAUAUAGGCUGGUGAAGAAUUUCCAUUCCAUUGUUCUUGUCUCUCUGUUGUCUUACCUGUAAAGUGAAUUUUGAUAGCAAGAAAAAUCUGUAUUGGACUGUUGUAUUUGGUAUAACAGAAACAAACAUGUCAAUUGUAUUAGUUGACUCUGGCAUUGCUGAGGCA